AUGGCGGACGGUGCUACAGCUGGUCAUAAACGUCGACGGGUGGAAGGCGAUGGCGAUGUGGACGAUCUUCAGGCUGCCAGCUUCACUAAACACGGCAGGCUUUGGUUCGAGGACGGCAACGUGAUCCUCAUCUGUGAUCAAACGGGCUUCCGCGUCCAUCGAUCCCUCUUAUCUCUACAUUCAUCGGUGUUUCGUGAUAUGUUCGACGUCGCUACCCCAGGAGAUGACCUUAGCGAAGGGAUCCCGGUCGUACAUCUGUCGGAUGACCCCUUCAAGAUUGCCAAGUUUCUGGGUUUCUUCUACUUCCGUGACGAGAUACCCACACAUAUUGGUCCGGUUCUUGAUUUCUUCGAAAUAUCCUCAAAAUACGAUGUCCCGCUCAUCCGCGACCUAUGCGUGGCUAAUCUGCGGCGUGCCUUCCCCGAUACACUCUCAAGCUUUCAAGAUGCGCGCACCUACCGGAAUGAUGAACUAGAUAUGGACCUUACGAGCUCACUACGCUGCGUCAACCUGGCGAAUGCACAAGGUCUCCACCUCCUUCUCCCAGCAAUGACUCUCACAUGCGUGGCGAAAUACACCUUCGAUACUGCGACUGAAGACAUUGAACUGUAUAGUAUCUUACAGUCGCUUGGCCUGCCUUUGUCUCUUCAGCCAAAGCUCGCGUCAUGGUCACGCAAACUCCUCUCUGAGAAGCGCACCAAGGUGGAUGGGCACAUUCAACAGUUCUUGCAAGAUCCGGAUAGAGAGCGCAACUACCACUGUGCACAACAGUUAGCAAUUGCGUUCUUAUCCUACACCAAUCAGACAUUUCUAUGUGCCGACGAAUGGCGACAUGAGUACGAUCUGGAUAUCUUUGUGAAGGAUAUGUACGCUGCAGAUUUGACCAGGAUGGCGGACGACGUAUGCGAUGAUUGCAUCCAGGAGUGGAAGGAGAAGGAGAAGGCGGGGAGAAAGGAGCUUUGGGAUGCUUUACCCGGCUAUUUUGAUUUGGGGACCUGGGAAGAACUUCGCAUGAAGGAUUCAGACGUACCCGGGAACUCGACUGAAGAGGUGUUCUCGAACGCAGACGCCUCGGGUUGA